UCGUCAGAGAACAGGUAAUCCCUAAUCGGGCUUAUGAUUUGGCUAGUUGUUAUUUGUGUGGGAAAGAGUUGCAAGCAGCUAGUAAAAAGAGUGUGUCCUCAAAAGCGAGCAUCGUGGCGGUUUUUGAUGAUAAAAUGUCGCAAGGCUUCGCUAAUGAAAGUCAAGCAAGUAAAGCACCAGGAAUGAUAAACAAUAUCCUCGCCCCAAAGAAAGGGCAAAGCGGGGAUUUUGUCUG